CAAGAACCCGGUAAUAGCUUUUACAUCCAUAUUUACGACAUUUACUUCCGUGCUAAGGAGAACGAGAAGCUAAUUUUUGCGAUCACAUUUACAGUGAUCGCAAAAAUGAAAAAUAAGGCUUGAUGAAUGAACCACAAUUUUCCAAAACUGUCCAUAUAAAACUUCCACAUCAAAUAUUUGACACAACAUACGAUAUCUGCCACCACGCAUCACUAUUUUCUUGUUAUUCUGGAAUGGACUCCGUUGGGAAGAUAGACUGUGUCAUGUCUGAUCAUUUCCCUGCUGUCAGACACAAUUAAAACAGCCUGUCAAGGUGUCUGGGAGACAGUAUGGAUUGCAUUGGUGCGCCACUAAUAUACAAAUCCUUGAAUCCAUGAAAGGGGAGGAACUGCUGUAUGAACCUUUUUUUCAGCCAAACUGGCUAUUAAUGUCAGCACUAAUAACUGCAGGAUAAUAUUUCUUAGUUGAUUUAAUUUGGUGCUAAAAAGUUAUGCUUGUUGGCUAGUGUCAUUAUGGGUUUACACACUUUCUUGUUCAAUAUUUGAACAAAAUGUCAGAGAUGUUAAUUUAUCACGCAUGCUAUUAAAGAAUGCGGUUGGGGUGGGGAAAUUUCAAUGGGAGUUAGUACUGUUAAUGCUGGCAACACAAAUACUACAUCAUGAUGUCAGGAAGCACUUUUUUCUUCAGUUUUUGUUUUUGCUGGGCUGAAAUCUGGUGUGAUGAUCUAGGUCUUAGAGACAGUAAACACACCAUCAGCAGCUACCCAGUCACCCUCAUUCGACUCAGCCAAUCAGGAGAGAGCUGAAUCUUUCUCCCACAACAAGGAGCAAACAGGAUACAAUACCUCACCGUUUCAUUUCAGAAGGGUAAGGGCUGAGUUACACAAGGUUUUCCUGGAUUCUACUCCACAGUUGUGUUCUCAGCUGUGUUCAACCUCAUUGUGCUCAGGAUUCUACUCCACAUUUGUGAUCUCCGCUGUGUUCAACCACAUUGUGUUCAGGAUUCUGCUCCACAUUUUGGAUCUCAUCUGUGUUCAACCUCAUUGUGUUCAGGAUUCUACUCCACCUGGCUGAUCUCAGAACUUUGUUCACCUUCAUUGUGCUCAGGAUUCUACUCCACCUCUUUGAUCUCAGGACUGUGUUCAGCCUCAUUCCACCCUUGCAGAACUGGGCCCCGGUGCUGAGUGGGAGAUGGUGCAGGGCACCCUGGAGAUUGUGGCCAUGUGCCUGGGAUUGGUGGGUCUGAUCGGGGCCUCUGCCACCACGGGGCUGCCCAUGUGGAAGGUGACGGCCUUCAUCGGGGAGAACAUCAUCGUCAUGGAGACGCGCUGGGAGGGGCUGUGGAUGAACUGCUACAGGCAGGCCAACAUCCGCAUGCAGUGCAAGGUGUACGACUCGCUGCUGAUCCUGCCGCCGGACCUGCAGGCCGCGCGCGGGCUCAUGUGCUGCUCGGUGGCGCUGGCGGGCGUGGCGCUGCUGAUCGCCAUGGCGGGAAUGCGCUGCAUGUCCUGCCUGCAGGACAACGACCGCGCCCGCAGCCUGGUCCUCAUCUCGGCCGGCGGCAUGCUGCUGCUGGCCUCCCUCUGCGUCUUCGUCCCCGUCUCCUGGACGGGUCACGUGAUCAUCCGCGACUUCUACAACCCGCUGCUGAUCGACGCGCAGCGCAGGGAGCUGGGGGACGCGCUCUACAUCGGCUGGGUGACCGGCGGCUUCCUGUUCGCCUCCGGCCUCAUGCUGGUGUGCCGCCGCGUGCCCGAGGACUCGGGGUCCUUCGACGUGCUCCGGCGGCAGAACCCGCCUCUGAUAGGGUACCUCCCCGCGGCCCACAGGCCCGCUCUGGUCGGGUACCAGCCCGUCGUCAACAGACCCAGCUUCCUCGGCGACCGGCCCUCCCCGUUCGACGGCGGCCUGGCCCUGAGCCGCGCGGCCCCGCCCAGCGGGGGGUUCAGCCAGCCCGUUUCGCUCAGCACCAGCUUCGCCCAGAGCCAGCCCCGGGUUCCCAGCUUUUCGUUCCACCAGCAUUCGCCCCUCACCUCCGCCUCCACCUCUGGCUUCAUGGGGAACCUGUCCACCCCGGGAAACUCCUUAUACAUGGGGCACCCGGCCGCUCUCUUCCCUCCCAGAAGCGGAGCUCAGCAGACCGCCUCAUACAACACGCUCUACACCGACUUUCAGCCAGUGAACCAGGGCCCGGUGUUCAUCGGGUACCACUCCUCUAUGGUGGCGCCGCAAACGCCCAGCGUGAGCAGCAUAGGCGAAAUCAUCUGAGCUGCAACCACGAACCAACUAACCCGUCACCUUUAGCCUAACGGACAAGAAGGGUUCGCCCCACUGGGUCUGCCAAGUGCUGUCGGUGUACUAUAAUAUAUGUAAGAUGUACCAGCAAGUGUAGGGUAGGAAUUAUUGUUUUUUUUUAAAAGCAGAAAACAAAAUGAUUCUAUUCGUACUUGUUUUAUGUGACACGACAAAAGCAGAUUUGAGAGGGCAUUGUGGCCACCAUGAAUGUUAUCAAUACAAACAGAAGAGAUGUUGUUUUGAAUACCUGCAUUCCUGCCAACUGUGAAUCCAUCCACAAAGAUGAAUAGCUGUUUGUUUUCACAUAACAUGCUGACUCCCGUAAGCCUACAGUACAAAAAAAGUGCAGUGUCAGUAAUAUUCAUGAUGUUGGCAAAGAUUAUUUUAUAAAGAGCUGGCCAGUUUUUUUAUUCUUUUGCAGCACGGGUGUCUCUGUGUUUGUUUUGUGUUGAAUUGGUCUAUUCAGGUACUGUCCAGAAACACAUACUUAUUCAAAUGCUAAUUUACUGAAAGCUGAAUAGCACAGGUAGUUGUAUGAAAGAUGUCGGGGUGGAGCUGUUGGGGGGGGGUGACUUUACCCUGAACAGUGACUUGAGGUACUACAUUUAAGGGAGAUCAAUGAGUGAGUGUAUGGAGAAUCUGACUCAGUCAGCCCUAACUCAGUAAUGCUUGAAAGUACUAAAUCACUGCAAUUUCAAUGGUAGCAUAACGACUAAAACAAUGCUGUUGUUAUUUUAAAAACUAAAGGCUGGCUUUCUGAAUGCUUUUGUACUCUCAUCAACUUCCAAAAAAAUUAAAAUAGAACGAAAAACAACGGGAAUUCUAUAUGAAGUCCAUAUUUCAUCUAUAGUCCUUCCUGUUACUGUCGUUUGCUAUUUUCCCCAGCAGAUGGUACUAGAGUACACGUGGCUGCUUUCAAUGCACCUUAUUCAAACUGAAUAAACAGCUCUUAUCGCAUCCCUCUCCGUUCUCAGAGAUGCUCCUCGAAUAGUUGACCUGGAAAAAGAAAUUCUUCGUAAGCUCACCCACAGUUGAAAUGUCUUGUUUUUCGUGUUGUGUAUACCUGUGUUUGUUUGCAAAACUAUAUAGUAAUUUUUAAAAACUCAUAGGUUUUACUUACUUAAAUUGUUGAAUUAUUACGUGCAGUUGUCUGGCUGUUGUUAUUAUAAAAAUAUUUCUGCAAUCAUCCGCGUGAUAUCUAUUUCGAUCAUUGUCUAUUUAUUUGUAAUCAUACCUUCCACUGAAGCAAAGUACUUUUUUAAAUUCCACUUUAAGUGGUUAUUUCCAGGAAAGUACUGCGAGUAGGCCGAGCAUCGUCGGAUUGUUUGCACAACAUAUUGUCGAAUUAAUCCUUGUUCUGCCGCCGAAUGCCAUUGACAGAGAUGCAUCAUGGGGUUUAAUUGCAAAACAAAUCAUGUUUCAAAGGGAUCUCUCAGAAUCAGCCUGCGCCGUGAAUCUGUGGAUUCAAAAUUGAGCGGGGGAUAUUUUCAUAA